AUGGCAACCAACGGCGCCGCAAAGCGCUCGCACGUCUGGUUCAAGAUCUCCAUCGGCGGCACCGAAGCCGGCCGCGUCCUCUUCCAACUCUACAACGACGUCGUCCCCAAAACCGCCGAGAACUUCCGCGCCCUCUGCACCGGCGAAAAGGGCCCCGGCGCGUCCGGCAAACCCUUGCACUACGCCGGCAGCACCUUCCACCGCGUGAUCAAAGGUUUCAUGAUCCAGGGCGGGGAUUUCACCGAGGGCAACGGCACGGGCGGGGAGAGUAUUUACGGGGAGAAGUUUGAGGAUGAGAAUUUUGAACUGAAGCAUGAGAAGCCUUUUUUGCUGAGCAUGGCGAAUGCGGGGCCGGGGACGAAUGGGAGUCAGUUUUUCGUUACCACGGUGCCGACGCCGCAUUUGGACGGGAAGCAUGUUGUUUUUGGCGAGGUGGUGGGGGGGAAGAGCGUGGUGAGGCAGGUGGAGAACACGGCUGUGGGAGCGAAUGAUGUUCCCGAAGCGCGGUGUGUGAUUGAGGAGUGUGGGGAGGUGCCUGAGGGAGAGGAUGUGGGGGAGUUUGUGAAGAAGACGCCGGAUGCGACGGGGGAUGCGUAUGAGGACUACCCCGACGAUCAGCUGGGGCCGGGGGAGGAGUGGAAGGGGACGGAGAUUGUGCGAAUUGCGACGGAGGUCAAGGGAAUGGGGAGUCAGGCGUUUAAAGGGGGGGAUGCGAAGCUGGCGCUGGGGAAGUACCAGAAAGCGAUCCGGUAUCUGCAGGAGUACCCCACGCCGCUGGAGGGGGAUCCGGCGGAUAUGGCGCAGCAGUUGAGCAGGCUGAAGAUUGCGCUGUACAACAAUUGCUGCCAGAUGCAGUUGAAGCUGCAGCAGUACCGGGACGCGGCGGGGUCGGCGGACAAGGCGAUCGGGGUUGAAGGUAUUACGGAUGGGGAUAAAGGGAAGGCUUUGUACCGGAAGGCGCUGGCGGCGAAGGAGACGAGGAAUGAAGAGGAGGCUUUGCGGUGUUUGGAGGAGGCCGGGAGGUUGGUGCCCGGGGAUGGGGCGGUGCAGAGGGAGUUGGCGGAGGUGAAGAAGAAGGCGGCGGAGCGGAAGGCGAAGGAGAGGAAGGCUUAUGCGAAGAUGUUUGAUUGA